UGGAAUACGAACGGUAAAGCUUCAACAACGUUACCGCAGCAGUUGAUUGGUGGAAGUCAGAUUGUAAAGUGUCUGAAGAAAGAACCGUACGAGAUGAACUAUUACGUUCCGAUCCAACAGAAUGACGGGUGCGAUAAAUCAACAUUAUCGCAGCCACGCUAUACUCCUCGCAUCCUGGGAAGGCGAUUCGCUUUAACCGCCACUGCCUACAAAUAUUUGGAUAUCGGAGUCAGUGUGGGACGUGAACCUUUUGUGGAGAUGAUUCUUGGCGACAACAAAAGCAAUCAGAUACAGCUGUCACGUGACGUGGGUAAUAAUGAUCGAGAAACGCAUGGAUAUUGA